AUGCUGAUAUUAAUAUUCUGGGCAUACAUCAUUACAUAUGUAAGACCAACGCAUCGAAUUUGUCACUUAGAGCCUGCAAAUCGUUCGUUUAUUGGUACUUUGCGAGUUUCGUUAAUAACUGACAUAAACAACUGCAGACAAGAAUGUCUUGGAGUAAGUUUGGAUCAAUGCUCAUCGGUCAUAUAUAUUCCUGGGAGAAAUUUAUGUUUACUUAUAACUGGAGAAGAGGAAAGGAAUGAAUUUACUGAUGGAACUACAAAAUAUUUUCGCAGGAUAUGUCGACAGCGAGUAAGAGUACAAAGCACGCUACUUCACAAAACAUGUUUUGAAGAAUUCCCCGGAAAAGUACUACUUGGUGCUGUUGAUAAAUUAUAUAAAAGAAUGUCACAAAUGCAGUGUCAGAAAAUUUGUAGCAUUUCAUUACUGCAAGACAAUAUAGUGUGUAAAGCAGCUAUUUAUUACUCUAAAGAAGAAGAGUGCAUCAUCUCAUCAGAAAGUCGUUUUGAUUUGCCUGAAUUGUUCAUUGACGAUAAAGCAGCAAUUUAUAUGGAAAAUAGGUGUGCAGAAAAGUUUAGAAACAAAUCAUCAAACAGUGAAGGAAACAAAGAAGCUACACUGCAGUCCAUUCCUGAAGGCAAUAUAUUUCUGCAAGAUUUUUUAAAAAUUUAG